AAUCGUAACACCACAGAGUACGAAAAAUAAUAUGCCCGGUGGCUUGCACGAUCCUUAAUCGCUACGGGUUUUAGCUACUGACUCUGUUGUUCUUUUUCACGUUUGUGUUUGAUUUGUGCGUCGUUAGAUUGUUUUAAACUUUAAUUCGUUAUUGUUUUAUGAUUAAAGCAUUGUUAUAAGGUGUAGUUUAUAUUGUCUAAGUACACUAAAAUGGAUGAUGAGGCGAGUUCAGAUUUGCAGAAGUGUCUGUCCGACGGACCCAUGGAUACGGACGAAGGACCAUUGAUAAAUGAAAAUUCGAAUGGAUUAUCGCAUUUGUUGACGGAGGGGGAGUUCAACAGUGUCGAGGCGGCGGUGGACGAGUCAUCUACUUCGAAUCAAGGUUUCCUCAAUGCGGUGGAGCUGUCUGCGGGUAGCGUUGGCGACUACCUGGACACCAACACAGAUGGGUUCAACACUGACCCUUUCGAUGUGGGCGAUAAUGCAGUCACAUUCCCCAGUGACUCGCUCAAUAACGUGCUCACCGACGGCGACUCGCUUCUUAGUGACGCAGCGUAUAAGGCCUCCUCUGAUACUGAUGGUGAUGUUACAGAAAGUCAGAAGGCGACGGUGGAUACUGACUUUGAAGUGUCUGAGAUAUCUGAUGCUGGCUAUUCAAUGCCAGCUGACGACAUGACACAAAACAAAACAGAUGGCAGUGCAGGAGAUGCAGUUGAGACAGUGGGUAUUAAAGUUGAAGAAGCUGUAGAAACUCCUCUAGAAAAGAUGGAAGACUCAAGCAAUGAUGAGCAGAUAAGAGCUUCAAUAAAAGAAGAGACUUUGGAUCAAAAUCACAUUCUGAAGAAUGAAAAAGAUGAUUAUGAAGAUGGAAAAGAAGAUAAUAAAGAUAUUCCCAAAGCUGCUAUAAAAACUGAUAUAGUUUUAAAACAAGAAAAUGAUGUUAAAGCUGAUGUUGAAGAUGGGAAUGCUGUGGACACUGGCAUUUUAGUUAAGGAAGAAACUGCUACUCCUACCAAAAAAAGUAACAAGGUGGGAGGGGCUGAAGAAACUGAAGUAGUUUCGGAAGAUGAAUUACCUGAGGUUCAGAAACCCAGCAUAAAAGAUGCUGAGAAUGUCUCAGACGAUGAACUUCCCGGACCAAAACCUGCUGAACUUCCUGCUGACACCGAGGUCGUGUCAGAGGACGAACUGCCGUCUUCGAAGAAAGAAUCAAAGGAAUCACGUAAGCGGAAAACUGAAGAUGAUCCAGAUGGCUACGACCCUGGUUCACCAACAUCCGAGAGUGAAUCGUCCAACAAGAAACAAGCUGUUGCAAAGAAUGGAGAGAGUAAACCUAUACCAGCUGAGAAAAGAACUUCGAUUGAUGAAAAACCAAAAAAGAAAACAUUGCCUGAGCUGGACAAAUAUUGGAAAGUAGUGAAUGAUGACCCUACCGAUUUCACUGGCUGGACAUACUUGCUGCAAUAUGUUGACCAAGAGAGCGACGUGGAGGCGGCUCGCGAGGCCUACGAUGCCUUUCUGUCGCACUACCCGUAUUGUUAUGGUUACUGGAGGAAAUAUGCAGACUAUGAGAAACGCAAAGGCAGUAAAAAGAAAUGCCUAGAAGUUUUGGAAAGAGGCCUCAAAGCCAUCCCACUGUCUGUGGAUUUAUGGAUACACUUUUUAAAUCAUAUAAAGGCAACGAGAACGGAAGAUCAUGCCUUCAUUCGAUCUCAAUAUGAGAGGGCUAUAGAGGCGUGUGGUCUAGAGUUUCGGUCAGAUCGGCUGUGGGAGUCGUACAUCAAGUGGGAGGCUGAGAACGGGUCAGCUCUGAACGUGACAAAUAUUUACGACCGCCUGUUAGCCACCCCCACACUUGGAUACACUUCACAUUUCGACAAUUUCCAGGAGCACGUGAUGUCGGAGCCGGUGGCGGGCGUGGUGUCGCGCGCGGAGCUGGUGCGGCUGCGCGGGGAGGUGCGGGACGCCGCCGGCGCCGCGCCGCAGCUCGACCUGCCGCCCGGCGAGGACGAGCCGCUUGACCAUGUCGCUUCGGAGGAAGAAGCACAAGCUAUAAAAGAGCGUGUGAUUGCUGCGCGUCGCAAAGUACACAAGACUACCGGCGAACAGGUUGCCGCUCGAUGGACAUUCGAGGAAGGAAUAAAACGUCCAUACUUCCACGUAAAGCCACUUGAACGUUGCCAGUUGAAGAACUGGAAGUCAUACUUAGAGUGGGAGAAACAGCAUGGCUCGCUGAAGAGAGCGCUGGUGCUGCACGAGCGGUGUCUCAUCGCUUGCGCCCUCUAUGAGGAGUUCUGGAUGAGGCUGAUCAAGUUCCUGGAGGAGCGCGUGGAGGCGCACCCGGAGCUGGUGGCGGUGCAGCGCGAGGUGCUGGAGCGCGCCUGCAGCGUGCACCACCUGGACAAGCCCGAGCUGCACCUGCACUGGGCGCACUUCGAGGAGGCGCACGGCUGCCCCGCGCGCGCCGCCGACAUCCUCGACCGCAUCGAGAAGGCCUGUCCCUGCCUCGUGCAGAUACAGUACAGGUGCCUCCAGCCUAUGCGUGUGAACUUGGAACGUCGUCGCGGCGACUACGAGAAGUGCAUACAGCUAUACGAGGGCUACAUCGCGUCGGCGAAGAACAAGUCGGUGGCGUCGGCGCUGAGCAUAAAGUACGCGCGCUUCCUGUUCCACGUGCGGCGCUCGCCCGCGGCCGCGCGCGCCGCGCUGGACGCCGCCGUGCUGCGCGACCCGCUCAACCCGCGCCUGCACGCGCAGCGCCUCGACCUCGCGCUGCACACGCCCGGCACGCCCUACGCUGAGCUCGACGAACUGGUGUCGUCAUACGAGCAGCAGGAGGGCGCGGAGCUAGAGACGAGCGCUAUGAUGGCGUGGCGGCGCCGCGAGCUGGCGGAGGAGCUGGGCGACGCGGCCGCGGCCCGCGCCGCGCAUGCGCACGCGCGCGCUCUCGCCAAACACCUGCGCAAGCGCGCGCGCAAGGACAAGCACGACCCGCCGCCGCCGCCUUGCAACUCGACAGUGGAUUGCACCAAAAAGAAGGAGUGUACUGUGGCGACGACGAACUGCACGCCGACGGCGAGCAGCGGCAACUCGUACUACCAGGCGCCGGCCGCGGCGGCCUCGUACGAGCAGUCGUAUGCGCAGCCCUACCAGCCCGCCUGGGGCUACCAGCAGCCGCCCGGGCCCUACCAGCACCACCCGCACCCCUGGCCGCAGUACCCUAACUAUUACUAGCAUCUGCGGUUACGUGGCGUGGCUUACCCGAUGCCGAACUUCAUUUUUAAACCUUUCUGACGAGGCAUCUCCAUACUAUUUGAAUGCCGGUUGUAUUUACAGUGUCUAAAAUCUUAAAAGACUGCAAAAUCAGUAGUGCGGGCCGACGCAGGCCGAUAUAUUGGCAAUAAGUUUGAAGUGAUUCUUAGGUAAAUAAAUUGUGGUAUUUCAGGAAAAAAAUGUUUAUUGACAUAAACAUAACAAAUAUCUGAGACAUUCAUUACUUAUAAUUUUUAGGAAAUAAAUAUAAUCUUCUCAUU